AUGUCUUACAGCACAGCAGAUGUGGGCCUCACAUGCAGGGCCGAGCCUGCCCGCUCUGGGCCCUCGAGCAUGCGUCCUGAGCCCCGCAGAGACGCAGAUGUGGACACCACAGCCACACGAGCUUCCGCGCACGGACACCAAGGCAGCUGUACAGUUGGGUGGGAUGCAGUCGGGAGGGACGGAAAGAGGGAAGGGGCCACGGCCAUUCCACUGGCGGAGAGAGUGACCCAGAGGCGGCUCCUUGAGAUGUCGCCCGCCCCCGAGGGCAGCGAGCGGCCACUGCUCCUCCUCAGCUCUCCUCCUGAGGUCUGUGUACAAACACACCGAGGGCAUCUCUCUUUCACAGAAAGAACAAAUGUCACUUGUACCAAAUGGCAAUGGAUUUUCAGCACAAACUAUACUUUUGUGACACUCGAGCGACAGUCGUCAUCUACGUUCAGCAAGAGGGGCUCCUUUAAAUGA